AUGGAAAAAUUACAAGAAAUUAGUAGUGCAAUUAUUACCAAUAUGCGUACUGAACAUUACAUUGCAACUACCACCAAUGAUCUUAUAUGCCGGUUAUUCCGGCGAGCUGCCAAGCAAUAUACGAUUUGCCUAUUAUGGCGCCGGUUUAUUCUUCACUUAUUGGAUUACACAACACAAUCCAUACCAUUUCUGGUUGCUAUCUUAUUACCGGAAUUUGAAACCAAAUGUAAAAAAUUAUCAUUAUGCUGCCGACGAACACGUACUAUUGCUCCAUAA